ACUGCCCAUCGGCGCCGCUGGUGGAUGGCCUGCACGGCAGUAUUGGAAAACCUCCUCUUCUCGGCAGUCCUCCUGGGCUGGGGCUCGCUGCUCAUCAUGCUGAAGUCGGAGGGCUUUUACUCCUACCUGUGUACGGAGCCAGAGAAUGUCACCAAUGGCACAGUCGGGGGCACGGCAGAGUCCGAGCACGAGGAGGUGACGUGGAUGAAUGGCUGGCUCAGCUGCAAGGCCCAGGAUGAGAUUCUAAAUCUGGCCUUCACCGUGGGCUCCUUCCUGCUCAGUGCAAUCACCCUGCCCCUGGGCAUCAUCAUGGACAAAUACGGUCCAAGGAAGCUCAGGCUUCUGGGCAGUGCCUGCUUUGCUGUCUCCUGCUUGCUGAUUGCAUAUGGAGCAAGUAACCCAAAUUCUCUCUCUGUGCUCAUCUUCAUCGCCCUGGCUCUGAAUGGCUUUGGUGGGAUGUGCAUGACCUUUACCUCAUUAACACUGCCCAACAUGUUCGGUGACCUUCGAUCCACGUUUAUUGCCUUGAUGAUUGGAUCCUACGCCUCCUCGGCAGUCACCUUCCCAGGAAUCAAGGUGAGGCUAUCCCUUGGACUUUCCGGGAUAUUGUUGCUCCUGGAGGCCGCCUGUUCCGGGCUGGUUUUCCUCAACUGCUUCUUUAACUGGCCACUGGAGCCCUUCCCAGGGCCGGAGGACAUGGACUACUCGGUGAAGAUUAAGUUCAGCUGGCUGGGAUUUGACCACAAGAUCACAGGGAAGCAGUUCUACAAGCAGGUGACCACCGUGGGGCGCCGCCUGAGCGUGGGCAGCUCCAUGAGGAGUGCCAAGGAGCAAGCCGCACUGCAAGAGGGCCACAAGCUGUGCCUGUCCACCAUCGACCUGGAGGUGAAAUGCCAGCCAGACACUGCAGCAGCACCCUCAUUCAUGCACAGCGUGUUUAGCCCCAUCCUGCUGCUCAGCCUGGUCACCAUGUGCGUCACGCAGCUGCGGCUCAUCUUCUACAUGGGGGCCAUGAACAGCAUCCUCGAGUUCCUGGUCAGCGGUGACCAGAAGACAGUGAUGGCCACAGUUGCUCUCUACACCUCCAUCUUCGGUGUACUCCAGCUGCUAUGCUUGCUGACGGCGCCUGUCAUCGGCUACAUCAUGGACUGGAGGCUGAAGGAGUGUGAAGAUACCUCUGAGGAGCCUGAGGAGAAAGACAAUAACCAAGGCGAGAAGAAGAAGCGGGACCGACAGAUCCAGAAGAUCACCAAUGCUAUGAGGGCCUUUGCCUUUACAAACCUGCUGCUCGUGGGCUUUGGGGUGACCUGCCUCAUUCCCAAUCUGCCACUACAGAUCUUCUCCUUCGUCCUGCACACGAUCGUGCGAGGAUUCAUCCACUCUGCUGUCGGGGGCCUGUAUGCUGCUGUGUACCCCUCCACCCAGUUUGGUAGCCUCACAGGACUGCAGUCUCUGAUCAGCGCGCUCUUUGCCCUCCUGCAGCAGCCGCUCUUUCUGGCCAUGAUGGGUCCCCUCCAGGGAGACCCUCUGUGGGUGAAUGUGGGGCUGCUAAUCGUGAGCAUGCUGGGCUUCUGCCUGCCCCUCUACCUGGUCUGCUACCGGUACCAGCUGGAGAAGCAGCUACAGCAGAAGAGGGAAGACAGCAAGCUUUUCCUCAAGAUCAAUGGUUCAUCCAACCGAGAGGCCUUCGUGUAGCAUCACUGGCUAAGAACUGGCCUCCUGCCCGUGCUUCAGUGACUGACUGAUGUCCUCCUCACCACCCCAGAGGACCCUGCACACUCCCAGGAUUCUCUCUUUCACCAUGUCAGAGUCCACGCUCCCUCCAGGGCCCUAGUCCUGCCUUGGAGCUCUGCAGUGGAAGGACAGGAGAGGGCCCAGGAUGGGAGAUUUUUUCUGGGCACAGGACAGCCCUGGCUCUGCUCUGCCAUCCGCAAGGAACCCUGGGGCCUUGGGUCUCCAUGGUGCCUGCAGGAGGAGCCAAGGGCACCCCCAGCAGGCAGGCUGUGUCCCUCAAGGCUCUGGAUUCUGCCUUUUGUUAAAGCAAAAGGGGCUGCCAUCCACCACCCACCACCUGCCCCUCAGCUGCAUGCCCACCAACCACUCCUGCCUGAGGACAAAGGCUUGCAGUGUCUGUAGUCCCUCGCCUGGCCCCUCACCUCCUCCCCUGGCCAGUCCACAGCUGCCUGAGGAAGGAAGGACCCGCUUCCUGUUGUUGGUGCUAACCCCUUUGUAAUCCCACCCCGCUGCGGCCUGUCCACGGCCUGUCUUCUCAUGUGAAGCCUGUGGAGAAGCCCUCCUGGCGCUCAGCCUGGAGAGGGGAUGGCCGCAACAGGGUCACACAAAACCACAGAA